CAACUGGUCGUUAAAAGAAUUGUUAACACUGGAACUAAAAUCAGAGUGAUUCGAAUAAAAUUUGAUAAAUUUACAGCGAAUGAAGUUUACGAUCCUUAUAGUAUCGUAAAUAUUUCAUUCCUCUGAUGCUUUAGUGACAGUUGAUCCUACCAAAUUCGUAUUUUUUUUUUAUAUCGAUUUGCGUACUAAUCCAACCACAAAACAACACUGUUUCAGAUUACCGAAUGGGCACAUCAAUUUCGAGAAGUUCUGGCAGCUGGCGAAACAGGUGACGGAAUUCAUCGCGUGGAAACAAGUUGCCUGCCCGUUCGAGAAGAAUCCGCGUGUCAUUGCUUUCCUUCAGGCGAGCCCGGUGCUGACUGAAAACGGUCCGAACUGAACGCCCAGUGAAAAAGAGCAACCAUGCAACGCGUCGAAUGGGAGCGAUAUUGAGGCAGAGACGCACUCUUCUAAACUUCGUUCCAAACUAAUUAAUCAUCCGCGAGUCUCUCCUGCGAAAUCAGUUUAAGAAAAUAACACCCAGCAAGAAAAUAAUAACAAAAGAGAGAGAGAGAGAGAGAGA